AUGCUCAGACACGGAGAUUGCCGCCAGCAUCAAGUGGGGUGUUAUGAGGACAAAAUUCGAGGCUGUAAACUAAGAGGCCGCUUCGCUCCAAACAUCAGAGUUCUGCAAGUGAGCUGGUCUGAAGAGGCUGAAGCGGAACCGACUCUUCAACACAGGGUUCACAUCCCAUCCUCAGCUCUGCUGAGAAGCAGAGGAGCUUCGUCUGAAAAGACGGCACGGGUGGUGGCCCAUGUGAUCAGCAGCACUUAUUUCAAGCUGUUGACACCGCUGAGUCCCCCUCAGAGAAAAGGACGCAUGGGACCAGUCCUACCGGUCCUACCAGAGCCGCCUGUCCAAAGGCAAGGCACUGUUUUGGGGGGACUAGUCCUGGCAGUGAAGGCAGGGAACCAGCCUGUCAAAAACCUCACAGAACCCAUUCAAUUAUCCUUCAAACACAACACAUCACAACAGAAGGAAAAAGGGGAAUGUGUGUUUUGGCAGGCGACUAAUGAUGGAGCAGGUUUUUGGAGCACAGAGGGCUGUGAGACCAAAAACACCGGAACUGAGUUCAUUUGCAGCUGCAACCACCUGAGCUUCUUUGCUGUGCUUGUGAACCCAGUUUUAUCAGUGGAGGAGCGUAAUGCUGUGGCCCUGAGCUACAUCACUUACAUCGGAUCUGCAUUCUCCAUCUUCUUCACAGUCCUCAGCUUGAUCAUCUAUAUAUGUCUACAACGGGUUCGUCCAGAGAAGGCUAUUGGUGUGCAUUUGCACCUAACAGCAGCAGUGUUCUGCCUCCACCUCGGCUUCUUGCUGUGCAGCUUCUGGAUUUGGAAUACAAAAGAGAGUGAGGAGGGCUGGGUUUGCCAGGGUCUGGGUUUCUUUUUACACUGGUCUCUGCUGGCCACCUUCUGCUGGACGGCUCUGGAAGGAUUCCACCUCUACCUGCUUUUAGUCCGAGUCUUUAACAUCUACAUCAGGAAAUACCUGCUCAAACUCAGCCUGGUGGGAUGGGGUAUUCCUACACUGAUUGCAGUGGUUUGCGGGAUUUUGGGUGUUUAUGGCAAAUACAGUGUGGAAGUCAUUGAUGCCAGCAACAAUUCAACAGCACAGAUAUGCUGGCUGAGCAGCAAGUUCCCACACAGGCUUUUAGUCAGCUAUGUGACUACCCUGGCCUUCCCAUGCCUCGUGGUGCUGUGUAACUCCAUCAUGCUGGGCGUAGUGGUGGUUAAACUCUGGGGGCUGAGGGCGGCUCAACAAGGCAUUGAAAGCAGCAGUGGCUGGAAGAAGAUGAAUAAAGAGAAAGCGAGCAAGUUAUGGAAGGACAGUGCCACAGUGCUGGGGCUCAGCUGUGUGCUGGGCUUACCUUGGGGCUUAGCCAGCAUCACCUACAUCUCCCUCCCUGGGAUCUACAUAUUCACUAUACUCACCUCCUUGCAGGGUGUGUUUCUGUUCCUGUGGUCCCUGGCUUUGACCUACAAAUCUCGUUCUGACAAUAACUCCUCAGUCAGAGAUCCUUCUUCUCAGAAAGUGAUGACUACCAGUUUCUGAUAUUCACACAUACAACAAAUGUAUUAUCCAUUGCCUACAUUAGGUGUUUACUGAGCUUUGGACUCCAAUUAAAUGACAACUAACAAUAACUUAAUUAAUUAAAUAAAGAUUAUAUAGACAAACAUGCACUAUGAACCCCUUCUACUGACCUUUUCUCUUAAAUAAGCUGUAUUUUGAUUCUUUUUUUAAUCACUUACUAUACAGCCUCCUUUUUAUUGAGAAAUGGGGCCACAUGACCAAUACCACGAAGGUUAUGGGGGCCGGACCAAAACUCUGAACUAAAUUCUGCUCAAUAUUAAUUUAAUCGCUUUAUGAAAUACAGUAAAUUAUCUGGUUUUGAGCUGCUACUGAUAACAAUACAUGUUAUGAUAAGACUGUUAAUGUGGAGUAAAUCAAAUAUAGCAGUAAAAAGUAGUAAAUACUCCAAUCACUAUAUCACUUUAACAUUUAUUUUAAACACAACUGUAAAUGACAUUUAGCAAGGUUCCUAUUGGUAUUUUUGUGUUAUAUAGCUUGUUUGUCAUGUUUGUACAUUUUCUAGGUGUUUUACAAUGUAAUUAGUAUGUUAAGUAUGAAAAAGGCUUCUAUAG